UUAUUUAUAUAUUUAAUGCGGCGGCCCACUACGAUUGGUCUACCCGUCUUAUAUCGAUAGACCCAUCUCAAUAGCAACCGACUGAAAUCUUUGUUUACGUUUUAAACUAAAACUAAAUAAUAGGAAAUCCAGAAGAGAGCAAAUGGAAAUCACACUGGCCCUGAUAAAGCCGCACGUGCUGCGGAACACCUACGCGAUGCAGCAGAUCCGGGCCUUGAUCUCCCAGAACUUUACGGUCCUCGACCAGAAGGAGGUUUGCAUAACGAAAGAGCUCUCGGAACGAUUCUACGCGGAGCACCAGGGCAAGUUCUUCUACAACCGGCUCACCAGCUUCAUGAGCAGCGGCCCCUGCUAUGCCCUGAUCCUCCAGUCGGAGGCCUGCAUCCAGAAGUGGCGCGGUCUUCUGGGACCCACCAAGGUGUUCCGAGCCGUCUACAGCGAUCCCAACUGCAUCCGGGCGUUGUACGGUCUGUCCGACACCCGCAACGCCUGCCAUGGGUCCGACAGCGAAGCCUCUGCCCUCCGUGAGAUCGGCAUCCUGUUUCCGGAGUUCAACGCCGCCGAGGGAAAGCGCCAGGCGAAAAAGGAGGCGUAGCCGGGGUUGACUUCAUCCUGAGAAAGAUGACCUAUAGCAUUUUUAUUAUAAGCAGUUAAAUGUCAAAGAUUUCGAGAGGGUUCUAAGAAGAUGCCUUUAAGGUUGUUGAAAGAGCCUCCAAAAGUAUGCCUAUUUAUUUUUGUUAUUCCUGUGUUGUUUUCAAGACAAUAUUAGGUUAAGCUUGUAGCAAAUAGUAAGAUAUUGAAUAAAAUAUAUAGAAUUCA